AUGGCUUCGAACGAUCCCGGUCUCGCGCCGUUAAAUGCGCCAGCAGAAGACGCCAUCAAAGGUGCCGUCGAUGUCCCGGGCGACGAGACACUAGUCGCGCCUGAUCAAUUCGACCCCAGAUACGAGACGACGAGGAAAGAGAUCUGGGCCUACUACGCGUACUACGUGGGCGACAAUGGUCUCACGCUCUUCAACUUCGGCCCCACGGCAUUUCAGAACUUGAUGUACCAAGCUUCCGGAGACUCAGAGAUUCUGCACUUCGCUGGCAGAGACAGGACCAUCAACAGCAUCGUGCUCCUUUGCAACGGCAUCAGCUUCGCUAUCCAGAUCGUGGUAUUCUUGAUCCUAGGUGCUUUUGCAGACUUCGGAACAUGGCGGCCCAACAUCUUGAUCGUGCUUUCCAUAAUUGCAUUCGGCGUCGGCUUUGGUUGGCUGGGUGUGCAUACCGCUGAAGACUGGCAUAUUGGUGUAGGACUCUACAUCGUUGGUCUGAUCGCCUACCAAACGACUGUCACAUUCUGGACCGCCGCAUUUCCUGGCCUCGCAAGGAAUACCAGGGAUCUACGCGAGAAGGCUGAAGACUUUGCCCAAGGACGGAUUUCUCGCGCCGAGUACGACUUCGCCGAUUCGAUGAAAAGGAAUGAACUGUCAAACACGGCCUUCUACACGCAGUCCGUUUUCGAAAUCGCCAUCCUAGCUGUGAUCGUUGGAAUCAUGUUCGGCCUCAAAGUCAACGACAGCAAGGAGAACAACAACUGGGGCCUGUCGGUUUUGAUCGCGUUCGCCACAGGUGUCUGGAUUUUGUGCGCAAUUCCUUGGUUUUUGUGGGAGAAGAGGAGACCUGGUCAGGAUCCCGGACGAUCCAACAUCAUUUUUGCCGGUUUCAAGCAGCUCGGAUACGCAGUGAGCCAGAUAUGGCAGCUGCGUCAAAGUCUGGCCUAUCUUGUGGGCUAUUUUUCAUUGUCAGACUCAUUGAACACGACCGUAACGGUGAUUGGAACGCUUCAGAACGAGAUUGUGGCAUAUAAUAGCUUGCAGCUCACCUACCUCCUCAUCGUCGGUAUUGCUGCUCAAGCGGUUGGCAUCGGCGCCUUCUGGCAGAUUCAGAAGCGCUACGGAUUCUCCACAAAGACCAUGUUCAUGGUCGUUGCAUGUGCCAUCGUUGUGUUGGACGGCUGGGGCAUGAUCGGUAUCUGGACGCAAGCCUUUGGCUUCCACAAGUCCUGGGAAGUGUGGGUGUACCAGGCUUUCUACGGGCUGUUCGUCUGCCCGUGGUACAGUUACUCUCAAACCAUGAUCAGCGAGGUCACUCCGCGUGGCAGGGAGUUCCUCUUUUUUAGUUUGUUUUCCAUUGUUGGUAAGACGAGCGCUUUCAUCGGGCCAUUGGUCAGCAGCGCCAUCAUUGAUGACACAGGGAACAACAGCAGUCCAUUUUACUUCCUCUUUGCGCUGAGCUUGGUCAGCUGCGUGUUUUUGUAUUUCUUUGUUGACGUCGAAAAGAGCAGGAUUGAGCAGCAGCAUUUCUUGGAGAAGGCAGAAUCGCUGACCUCCAGACGUUCGGAUAUAGAGAGAUCACAUGAAGAAUCACGAUAG